AUGAUCACCGGCGGCGUCUCCACCAGAUCGCCCGCCACAUCCCGAGGGCUCUCCACAACCUUAACCUUAUAUACACCCCUUUCACCCGAUCCCCCCCCAGAGGAUUCCCGGACGCUCCCAGUCAACCGUUCUCUUGCGCCUGUAUGUGGGUUGACCAUCACCCUUCCCUACGUCGCACAACACAACGCGAUCAACCCCACGGAUGACUUCACUGCUCGCCAACACGGGAUUUUGUCGUGGAGCCAUGCUUGA